AUGGAAAUACUUACGCAAUCGUAUGUGCACGGGCUCAUGACCGCCACGAGUGCGACUCGCAAACGAGACAUCGAGGCGAAGGAGAAUCUAUGGUCAUCGAUACUCGGCGAGGUUCAAACGGUGCACGGCAACACUAAGCUGCCAUCGAACAAAUCGGUUCUGGUGUUGGGCGAUAAUGAGAGCGGCAAAACGACACUCGUUGCCAAGCUGCAAGGCGUCGAGGACCCGAAGAAGGGUUCCGGCCUCGAGUACGCCUUCAUUGACGUGCGGGACGAGUAUCGCGACGAUGCCACGCGGCUCGGUAUGUGGACUCUGGAUGGCGAUCCGGGUCACCGGAACCUGCUAAAGUACGCACUCAACGAAUUGAGCUACGCACACACCCUGGUCAUAGUGACCCUGUCGAUGAAGACACCGUGGAACUGGCUGGACCAGUUGCAAUACUGGAUGAAGGUACUGGAGGACCACAUUGCUGGGCUGCCGCUAGAACCAGACGUUAAGCAGCAGUGCCAAGCACGGGUACUGACCAAUUGGCAGAACUAUUGCGAAACCUUUGACGAUCUCUUCGUUCCCGCGUCACCCAUCGGCAAGCGGAUCAAUGGGCUGUCGUCGGUUGACGAUGACGUGCUAACGCUACAGGAGGACGUCCUCACCACAAACCUGGGACUCGACGUGGUAGUGGUCGUAACGAAGACCGACUACAUGGCAACGCUCGAGAUGGAACUCGAGUACCGGGACGAGCAUUUCGACUUCAUGCAGCAGUGGCUCCGUCGGCUAUGCCUGGCGUACGGUGCGUCACUGUUCUACACCAGUGCGAAGGAGGACAAAAACUGUGACCUACUGUACCGGUACCUGACGCACCGGAUCUACGGAUUGCCAUUUCAAACUCCCGCCUUCGUUGUGGAAAAGGAUGCGAUCUUCGUACCGGCCGGAUGGGACAAUCGCCCGAAGAUUAGCAUUCUGUACGAGAACCUGCUCUCAUGUAAAGCGGAUGACGACUACGACACCAUUAUCGCAUCACCGCCUUCGAGCAGGAACGAGUCGAACCGGGAAACGGAGAUUUCGACGGAAGACGAGCAAGCUUUCCUGGCCCGCCAGCAGCAACUGCUUCACCAAGGCAAACCACGGGGCGAAUCUCCGCUGCGCUCGUGCUCCCCCAAGAAGGUAGACGGAAGACCCACACCCGGGACGCAGAGCGGUGAAGGGGUGCUGGCGAACUUCUUCAACUCGCUGCUGCACAAAAAGUCGAUCUCGCCCGGCCCCACCAGCGUCGUGGCGUCACCGCGGACUACCAGCGAUGAGGUACCGACGAGCGAUGAAAUUUCCAUACGCACCGAGGCCGCCCUCGAGCUGGAUCGGCUCGCACGGAGCGUGAACAAAGAUUUCGACCCAUCGACGGUUCAGUCCGACUGUUGA